UACGAUGCCCAACACUGGAAACAAAUACAAGAAAAGUACAUAAAAAAGCAUAUACACAUGUAAUUUAUAAUUAUACAAUCUUCCAAACAAAAAUUGGAACCACUGUUGUGGUUACUGUGAUUGGCUGAGCGAUGGCCAUGUUGACGCGCUUGACUAGCAGUGGUACUACCACGGCAGUGGCUCCCGGGUCUCCAAAAGGUCUGCAACGCUUUCAAAAUUAUUUGACUGCGUUUUUAUGGCCUGGCAGCAACCAAAAAAGCAAGAAUCAACGCAAGUCCUCAACUCAAAUGGAUGCCAUCGAUUGUUUCACCAAUGAUUUAGUCACUCGUAAGGUCCAGAAAUGGGAAGAACUGCGGGAUAACCUUAUGAAGCCAACAACAGGAGCAGCAGUGGGAUCAACUGGAGUGGUAAUAGAGUCGGAAGUGGCGACAACAUUUAGCCAAAACGUAAAUCUCAUGUCCAAAGGCAUGGUGAAUGAUCUGAAGGCUUUGCGUUCACCCCAAUUAGGGUUGGAUAUACGUUCGCUCUCGCAGCCGCAAUUGGACAAUUUGCUAAUGGCCACGCUUGAAAUUAAAAAUAAAUUGGAUUUCCUUUAUUUGAUUCGUCAAUGUAUUCGCUGUAAUCUGCUUCCGUCCAAUGAAGUUCUCCUUCAAUGUCUGAAGUACUUGAGUGGUCAACGUAAGCAACAACAGCUGGAGGCUCUGGCCGAGACUUGCCGCCAAUUGAAACAUCCAUUUGCUAAAAUCUAUGCUGAUUUGGCACCUUUUCGAGCUCUGGCCUUGUGGCACAAUGGCAACGCGGAUGUAGCCCUUAUGACUUUACAUCGCGGAUAUGGUACCAGCCUGGCGACAGAUGAAGGACGAAAAAUGAUUCGAUCGGCAUUUAGAACUAUCUCCGAGGAAACAUUGGCCCAGAAGAGCGAAGCCGUGUUGGUUUCUUUGAUGGAAGUGGCUCGUGCCAUACAUCGCGAGCAUAAGGAUAUAUUUGUGGUGGCAUGUGUGUGGAAACAGUGCUUUGUUAGCGAUUGGUUUUGCGAUCAAAAGUCGGCUGGUGAACUUUUUGAUUACUACAAAGAAUUACAGGAGCUCGUCGAGAGACGUGCAAGUGCCCUAUGCUCGUCCUUUCUUAGCCGUCAUAAUGUGGAUGCAGUGCACCGUUUGAUUGAGGUGUUUCUUCACCAUCAGCAGCGACUAGCAUGUGGAAGUUGUCUUAGUUUGCUCUUCAACUAUCAAUAUUUGCGGAAGGAUCUUCGUGCCUGCGCUGAAAUAGUGAAAUCUUGCAGCGAAUUGGAAAUGCCAUUAAAUGAGUUGCAAAAUGAACAGUUCCUCAGCCUGUUCCUAGAUCAAAGUGAGCCGUUCGAGACAGCAGCAGGAGGUGCAGCCAACAGGACGCCGAAGUCCUUCCAGUACAAAUUCUAAAAACCGUUUCCAACCGUUAGCUGUUGUCCUUGUAUUAAUUAGCACACACUUUAUUAAAAUAUUGAAAGGCAUAUAUAGCAAUAUGCACGUCCUGUUUUGAAAAUGGUAGCGUAAACCAAAUCAUAAAUCUUAUUAAAUGUCAAAGUACAAAGUUAAAUUUUAAUAAACCGUUGCGUGGGAAUUUAAA